UGUAGUUCUUUUCUUCACCGCUAGCGUGUUGUGGCCAGCACGCCCACCGCCGUCUGAUCUUAUUCUUGACGUUUAGCCAUCGACAUAAAAUUUGCUUGCCAGUCUUAGCCAAACAUAUUAUUGUUAAUUGUGAUAAUCUCAUUAAUUCAUCGGAAAACAUGGAAAAUUCAAACAACCAUUUAGAUGUGGAGAAAAAAUCAGAAAGAUCUGAAACAGUGGACUUGAAUGACAACACACUUCAGGUUGACAUUUCAGAUGCUCUCAGCGAAAGAGAGAAGGUUAAAUUUACUGUCCAUACCAAGACAACUUUGAAAGAUUUUGCGAAGCAAGACUUUUCAGUUGUUCGCCAACAUGAAGAGUUCAUUUGGCUACAUGAUCGAUUUGAAGAAAAUGAGUCCUAUGCUGGGUACAUUAUCCCACCACCUCCUCCACGGCCAGAUUUUGAUAGUUCAAGGGAGAAGCUUCAGAAACUUGGAGAAGGAGAGGGUUCCAUGACAGCUGAGGAAUUCAAGAAAAUGAAGCAGGAGCUAGAGGCAGAAUACUUGGCAACAUUCAAAAAGACAGUUGCAAUGCAUGAAGUUUUCUUGUGCAGGUUGGCUAAUCACCCCAUAUUCAGAGCUGAUACAAAUUUCCGUGUAUUUCUCGAAUACGAACAGGACUUAUCUGUGCGAGGAAAGAACAAAAAGGAGAAAUUGGAAACAUUCCUAAGAUCUUUUUCUAAAACAACUGAUGAGAUAUUGCUCGGGUCUACACAAAAGGACGUCGACGAGUUCUUCGACAAGGAAAAGAGCUUUCUUUUAGAUUAUCAUUCCCUGUUGAAGGACGCUACUCUGAGGGCAGACAAAAUGACCAAAGCUCACAAAGAUGUGGCGGACCACUAUAUCAAAAUUUCUUCGUGUUUACUGGAAAUGGCCACAGCGGACACAAAUCAAUUAGAACGUUUUGCCACCAAAACUGCGGAUAUAUUUGAAAAGGCCAGGAAAAUCGAAAAUAGAGUCUCAACUGAUGAAGAUCUGAAGCUGUCGGACACGCUACGCUAUUACAUGCGUGAUACGACAGCAGCGAAAAAUUUGCUUUACCGUCGUCUUCGUUGUUUGGCUGAUUAUGAAGGGGCGAACCGGGCACUAGAGAAGGCAAGAGCUAAGAAUAAAGACGUCCACGCGGCUUUAGAGGUGGCAGAUGCCGAAUGGUCCCAACAUCAAGCUUGCGAGAAAUUUGAACAAAUGUCCGCUAAAGGGAAAGAAGAAUUAAUCGAUUUCAAAGUACGGAGGGUGGCCGCUAUCAAGAAGAACCUCGUCGAACUAUGCGAACUGGAAUUGAAACACGCAAACACUCACUCUCAGCUGUUGAAAGCCAGCAUCGUCGCUCUAAGAGAAGAGCUCUGAAGUGAUGGGAUUGCUUCGCCAUUUCGUUGCGUUCAACCAAUAAAAAUGUACGAAGAAUCAAACGAGAAAAUCCGCGAUUGAAAGAUUCCAAAAAAUUGAAUUGUUUUUUUGCGCUCCGUAAUCCCUGACUCCCGAUUAUUCCCAAAACCAGUGUGAUUGAUGCGUUCACGCCGGUGGUUUGUAUUCGUCGUUGUUCGUUGCCUUAUAAUGAUUCGGAGCGAAUUUGUUAUCAUUCUGUUUGGCCGAUCAUGUUUUGCCCCACAACCUUGUCCUUUUUAAUGUUGUCUCCAGUUCCACCUGUUUCCUCCCCUUUCCCUUUUAUUCUUUUGCUGGUAGACUUCUAUCGUUUGUCAUUUGUUUCGCUUCUGUUUCCAAACUCCAUGUCCAUAUUAUUGUUGAAUAUAAGCCAAAGUUGAUUGUAAAAA